AACAAAGUACAUAAACGCCAUCAAGUUCAAGAUAGCAAAUCCCAAAUCAGCAGAUCGGGAAAAAAUGGCAGGAUUGUUCGACCAGCAAGCAGAUCUUUACUUAGACGCAAGGCCAACGUAUCCCUUCCAGUGGUAUUCUAUGCUUGCCGCUCGCACUCUCCACCGCUCUCUGGCUUGGGAUGUGGGCACAGGCAAUGGUCAAGCUGCUAUUGGUGUUGCUGAGCAUUACGAGCAGGUGAUCGGCACUGAUGUGAGUGAAGCCCAAUUACAACACGCAAUACCGCACCCAAAGGUAAAAUAUCUCUACACUCCGUUGUCAAUCUCCGACGAGGAAUUGCUAUCUUCAAUCGGAGGUGAAAACUCAGUCGAUUUAAUCACGGUGGCUCAAGCAGUUCACUGGUUCGAUCUACCAAAGUUCUACUCUCUGGUAACCAGACUUCUACGGAAGCCCGGCGGUAUCGUCGCCAUCUGGUGCUACAACGACAUCGCCGUUAGCCCAACAUUUGAUCCCGUAAUGAAGCGGUUCCACGACACCACGCUUCCUUAUUGGAACCCCAACAUUCAGUACGUUUUUGAUGGGUAUAAAACACUGCCUUUUCCAUUUGAAAGUGUUGGUUUGGGAUCUGAAGGGCAGCCAUUGGCGUUGGACAUACCUAAGAAACUGUCGUUCGAGGGAUUGUUGAGAAUGUUGAGAUCUUGGUCGGCGGUUGUUACAGCGAAAAAUCAGGGCGUUGAUUUGUUGUCUGAAAAUGUUGUGAAAGAAUUGAAGAGUGCAUGGGGUAGGUCUAAUUUGGUUAGAUCAAUUGCUUACAAGGCUUUUAUGCUUGCAGGGAAAGUCAAACUAUGAUUUUCUUUGGGAAUUAUAAGACUGUAGCUUAAGCUGUUUACUGAUAAAUAGUUUACUUAUGUCUUAAAAUAGAUAGUUUCUGAUAUAUCAGUAAGAAUUAAAUAAAUAAAAUAAUAAUAUUUAUGAAAAAAAGGUUUUGAAUUAAGGAAAA